UUCACGUGUUGAACAGCGACCGUCCCGCAGCCCGCUCGGUUCAGACAUGUGGCCGCUGCUGCUCCUGCUCGUCCAGCUCUGUCUCUGCUCCGGGUACGAAGGGUCAGGACAGUACGCCUACGGAGACGAUGAGGACUCGUAUUCUCGUCGAUAUAAAGGGGCCCCGUGGUGCGCGCCCAUUAAGAUAAAGCACGGCGAUGUGAGCUGCCGCACACCCAGAGGAGAGUCCCACAAGAGCGUGAUGGGGACGCGCUGUAAAAUCCGCUGUAAGCAGGGAUACGAGGUCCAGAGCCCGGAGGUGGUGUGCAUGGCGAGCAAACACUGGUCCUCUAACUACGCCUGCAGAGAGAUCCGCUGUCCUAAGCUGGACAUGCCCGUCAACGGAUUCUACAAGUGCUCGGACGGCUCUUACUUCAACUCUCGCUGCGAGUUCUUCUGCUCUCCUGGAUUUAGUCAGAAGGGCCAGAAGACGGCGACCUGCCAGCACACCAAAGUGUGGAGCGCUGCUGUUCCCACCUGUGUCGAUAUCGAUCCUCCCAAAAUUAAGUGUCCUACUGUAAAGGAUAAGUGGGCAGAGCCAGGAAAGCUGACAGCGAGGGUGAGCUGGGACACACCGGAGGGGGUCGACACUGCAGAUGGAAUCCUCACAGACGUUAUCCUGAAAGGGAAACCUUCCAAAUCAGACUUCCCAGAGGCGCUCCACAAGAUGUCCUACACCGUGUUUGACCGAGCAGGGAACAAAGGAUCCUGCCGCUUCACAGUCAGAGUGCGAGUGCGCCGCUGCAGCUCCCUGUUCGCCCCUGACAACGGUUACAUGAAGUGCAACAGUGACGGAGACAACUACGGCGCCACGUGUGCGUUCACGUGCACAGGCGGCUUCGAGCUGCGUGGCAGCGCUGCCAGAGUGUGUCAGUACGGACUCACCUGGUCUGGCACAGACACGGCCUGUGCAGCCAUGAACAUCAACGUGGGCGUCCGGACAGCUGCGGCGCUGCUGGACCAGUUCUAUGAGAAGCGACGGCUCCUCAUCAUCUCGGCGCCAACGGCUGCCAAUCAUAAUUACCGCUUCCAGAUGACGAACUUACAGCACGCCCAGUGUGGACUGGACCUGAGGCAUGUGACAGUGAUCGAGCUGGUCGGGACUUACCCUGCUCAGAUUGGACGGAUUCGACACCAGCUGCUCACCCCGGCGCUGUCCCUGCAAAUCAGGUUACUGCUCCAGAUCACACAGAGGUCUUUCCAAAUGGUGCUGGUGGACAAGCAGGGCAUGGACAAGCAACGCUACCCGUUCCCCAUCACCGCGGCCGAAAUAUUCACCACCAUCGACACCUUCCCGCUCCGCCAGGACGAGAUGUUGCUCCAGCAGGAGGCGGGACAUGGCUGUCAAUCAUAAACACACGGCUGCCUUCUUCAGUGCACAUCUGCGGACUGUCUGCCAUCUUUGAUCCUUUCCCCUCCCCAGUGAGAGCAGACAGGACCUGCUCUGACCUUCUGUAUCUGUCCACAUGUCCCACUCUACCUAAACUCACACAGGUAACACUGCAACAUCCCAACUACUCAUCCAAUGAGAAGUCAUUUCAGUCCUGUAUCCUAAGGUGUGUGUGUGUGUGUGUUUGUGUGUGUGCCAUCAAAAGCUGAGUCAUGGAGAUUACUAAGUGGUUCAUACAGUACAUUACAAUCAUAUUGAUUCCUCAGUCACGUCUUUCUGUAUGUUUUGUUAUUAUUAUUUUCAAUCAGAAAUAUGUAUUACUAUUUUGUACAAAAAGUAUUUUUACUGUAGAAAUCCUUUUCCCUGUCUUAAUAUUUAUAUCUCAUUUCUUGGAUAAUGAUGUUCUCUGACACUCCCUGGAAAACUGUUAAGUACAUAUGUCAGAAUUUACAAAACACUGAUUAAAAAUGUUUUUCAUGGAGGACGUGAUCUUCAGUGUGUUAGUGAGAGUGCACGCAAGAGGUGUGUGACAAAAAAUUACGGUGGCCCUGAAGGGCAAAUCAGGACAAUUAAGUAACCGGGACGACAGGUAAAUACCGUUUUUAACUUACAUGAAAAGUAUAAUGUACAUGAAUUAAUUAAGAAAUAUACUUUCUCAUCUAGGUCUGGAAGUAAAGAUGGAUAUAGUUUAAAACUUUUUCCUCCAACAGAUGGUUUAACCCUCAUUGACUUUAUUCUGAUGAAACCAUAAAGCAGAGUUGAGUUAAAGUCUGUUACACAAGCUGAUGAUGAAAACGACUCAGACUGUGAAUAAUCUUUAGGUAAAAUAGUUUGGUUUGGGUCACAGAAAUUAAUCAAACACUUUAAAGUUUGACAGAAAAUAAAUCAGCAGCUCCUUUGAUCAUCCCACCGUUCUUUUAAUUUGACAAAAUCCCUGUGACGUACUGUUUAAAAAAAAGAAUUUCAAUGUGAAUAUUUUCCACGUUUAUCGCAUAUCAAUGAACUUCUUUAACUUUGAGUUUUUGAAACUCAAAAAACCUCCGACUGGGAAGGAAAUUACAAUUAUAAAUGACUGAAAAAUAUUUUGUACACUCCUUCAGUCAGAAAUACCCAAAUACUGUUGGAGCUAGCACUUACAAAGAAAACACUGAAAUAGUCUAGUAUACAUUUAGAAAAAUUGGAAACAUUCAAUAAAUCAAUCAAACAGUGA